GCUCUUGCUUUGUGUGCUCGGCUCUCUGCCGUGGAGAUCCAGUGGUGUUACCGGGCUGUCUUAGGGAGCCGAGCAGCGCGAGUGUACACACACACACACACACACGUCAAAAACCGAGCCGGAUCACGGAGGGAAAUUUUGAAUUGUUUCAGCAGGGGUGAGAAUUCUUCUUGCAGACCCAGUAAGCUGACUGCUUUGGUGACAAAACUCCAUGAAUACUUGGAUCAUUGUCCAGAGGAAGAACCCGCUGCAUCUCAAGUUAAUGAAAUCUCCAGUGGUAACAUGGCCUCCAGUGAAUCAAAUGUUAAUGAUGAAAUAAUGGAAAAGCCCAGCUGUUCAACUGACCUCCCGAAGGCCACGCCGCGCUCCAAGAGAAAACCUGCAGUUGUAACAAAGCAUACAGUCGUAAACGAGCCCGAGUCCGUCGAUGAAUGUGAGCAAGAGUGUGUGGCUGAAAGUGCAAACGAUGGCACAGCUGAGAUAGACGAGAUCCCAGACGAUGUAGUUGUAGUGAAGCCAGAACCUGUUAACAAUGAAGGGAAAGAUGAAUUCAAAGGCCCAGAGUUUCGUAACAAAGGAGGAAGCAAAGUCAAAGAAGAGGGUCAAAGGAGGCGUCCUUCGGAGCAUCUUGAAGAGAUUAGGUGCUCAAGAGUUAAUUGCACUGCAUGUGGGCAGCAAGUCAAUCAUUUCCAGAGGGACUCUGUGUAUCAGCAUCCUGUACUCAAAGUUCUUCUUUGCAAAUCUUGUUUCAAGUUUUACAUGAGUGAUGACAUCAGUAAGGAUGACGAUGGGAUGGAUGAACAGUGCAGGUGGUGUGCUGAAGGAGGUAAUCUUAUGUGUUGUGACUAUUGUAGCAACGCAUUUUGCAAAACAUGUAUUCUGCGUAACCUUGGAAGAAAGGAGCUCUCCGGAAUCAUGAACGAAGACAACAAGUGGCGCUGCUACGUGUGCCAACCCGAGCCGCUUCAAGACCUUGUCGUGGCUUGCGACAAAGUUCUGAGAAACCUGGAAUGUAUGCAGAAGCCAAAGGGAGACCAAGACAGAGCGAGACGCGACGGCGUGAAGCACAAACAGGGCAAAGUGAAAAACACUUUAAACGGAAAAGACGCUAAUUCCGACGGAUCAGGGACGUUUACCUUUUCUUACAAAGCAUUGAAGGUUCCAAAAGAGCUGGUCAAAAAGACAAAGAAACUGAUCGAGACGACCAACGGCCUGAACAGCACGUUUGUGCAAUUCAUCAAGCAGGAACCGGUCUACCUUGGUGAUAACACCGUCCGACCCAGGCAUUUGAAAGCGUUCAGAUCCGUUUUGGCCGAUUUGAAAAAGGUCCACGCGACUUUAGAGGAGGCCCUAGAUGAAGAGUUCCGAGACCUAGAGGUUCAGAACGGAGAGGGGAAUGGGUUGGCGGAUAAUGUGAAAGUGGCGAACGCAGUCCCCAAUUCUGAGCAUGUUGACAAGAGUAAAGAUGAUCAGGUGGUUCUGGAUGCGAAGACAGAUCAGGAUCCAACAGUGUUAAAAGUCUCCAUGGAUGAGAAAAACGUAGUGGAAACCACAAAUAAAGCAGAACCCUCAGAGGAAAAUCCAGAGGGUGGGUUUAAAGGAAAUGAGGCGAAUGCAAAUGUUGCAAAGACUGAACCUGAAUGUGAGAAUGACAAUUCAGCAGCUGGUGAAGCCUCUCUUGACAAAGACAUUGUGUCUGUACCACCGUCUGUUCCUGAGGAACUCUUUGAGAUGGUUGAGAGCCUUUCAGAUUGUGUAAAACAAGAAGGUGACAAGGAGUCUCUGGAUUCAACAGACAGCACAUCAAGUAAGACGUCUGACAAAAAGUCAACAGCAUCCAGUAGAAGGUCUGCAAAGAUGAGUAAAAAGCUUGUUAUAAAGCUCACCCCUAUCCCCCUUAAAAGUACUAAGAAAGACGAGAGCAAGAUGCAGUCGAAAGACAAGGAUGGUGCUCUGUCACCGGACGAAAGCCGCCGUUCACCCAGGAUGAAAACGACCCCUCUACGCAAGUCGUCCGAAGGGAGGAAAAAGAGCAGGUCAGAUGAUACAAAAGCGAAUGACGAAGACUGCGACACUUCACAGAUUCCAGUUUCUGUCGGAAUGUCAGACUCUGACUCGGAUGAAGUCCCAGAGGUCCUGCGCCAGGUAGAAGGCAUGGAGGUCAGCUCAGAAGAACAGGAGGUGGAGCCUAACGGCAAGGCUACGGGCAACAGCAAAGCGAAAAAGUCAGCUGAUCAAUCCUCUGAAAGGACGGCGAAGCGCAAGCUCAUCGCGUCCUCCUCCGAUUCAGAAUCGGAUUCGGGCGUGAAGUCGUCCAAGGCGAAGAAACGAGCUGCCAAGAAAAAGAAAGGUAAAGAAUCAGAUUCUUCAAAUCAUGACUCGGAUCUUGAGAAGGAGAUCAAGAGUCUGAGGAACCUCAGUGCUGCGAAGAGAUCUUCUAAACGAGGCAAGAAGCAGGCGAACGAGAGUAAGAAGGACGAGAACGAGGAGGGCGACGAGGGCAAGAAGGGGAACGAGGGCAAGAAGGAGGAAGGUGACAACAAGAAGGAGGGUAAAAAAGGUAGAAAGAGAUCAUUUGAGCGAAAACGGAGGUCACAAAAAUCUAAAGAAAAUGUUACAGAAGAGUCGUCCUCCAGUGACGAUGAAGACGACGAUGAUGAGGAGGAGGAGCAAGCAGCAGACUCCGGACAGGAUAGCGGCGAUCAGCAGAAGAUAAAACCCAUUUUCGAGUCUGUGAUGCCUCAUGUGGAUGCGUUCCAGCAGUCAUCAGAGGAUGAAGCUCAAGUGAAGGAGGAACUCUCCCAGAUAGUUGAUGACGACGAUGAUCCUGAAAAUAGAAUUGCAAAGAAGAUGCUGUUAGCUCAAAUCAAAGCCAAUUGCUCAACAGAGGACGACAGCUCCUCAGAAGAUGAAGACUGCCAAAAAGACAAAGAGGAGAGGUCUACAACAAAGGAAAAGAAUGAGGGCAGCUCUGAGGGUGAAGAGGAGGAAGAGGACUCGGACUCCGGCUCGGAAGUGGACGGUAAAAAGGCCGGCCGGAGACACAAACUGCUUCGCAAGAAACUGUCACUUAGUGAGGGCGAGUCUGACAACGAUAAACCAGCCAAGAGCAAUAAAGAGGUCAAGAGGAGAGGAAGACUAAAAGUGAGCAGUGAUGACUCUGCUGAUUCAGACUUCCAUCGUUCAGGCUCCGCGUCAGGAAGUGAGUCAGCGCUGAGCGAGGGAGUGAGUGAGGACGACGAGGACAGCAAGAACAACAAACGGAGAACGCGAUCCUCCAAAAAAGCUGAAAAAGACGGCGAAAGGAGUUACCAGAAAGAGAAGAAGAAAAAGCGGCGGCGGAUUAAGGUUCAAGACGACUCCUCGAGCAGCAAGAGUGCGGAGGAAGGGGAAGAUGAUGAAGGUGGAGAAGAGGAUGAAAAGGGCACGCCGAAAGGCCGCAAGAAGAUCCGGAAAAUCCUGAAAGAUGACAAGCUGCGCUCCGAGACCCAGAAUGCUUUGAAAGAGGAGGAAGAAAGGCGUAAACGAAUAGCUGAAAAAGAGCGGCUGAGAGAAAAACUCCGAGAGACAAUCGUGGUGGAGGAAUCCUCACAGAUCGCCUGUCCCAUUACUACUAAACUGGUGCUUGAUGAGGACGAGGAGACCAAGGAGCCACUCGUCCAAGUCCACAGAAACAUGGUGACGAAACUGAAGCCUCAUCAAGUGGAUGGUGUGCAGUUUAUUUGGGAUUGCUGUUGCGAGUCUGUGAAAAAGACGAAGAAGUCAGCUGGCUCUGGUUGUAUCCUGGCUCACUGCAUGGGUCUGGGCAAAACCCUUCAGGUGGUGACGUUUCUCCACACCGUGCUGCUCUGCGAGAAACUCAACUUCUCCACGGCUUUGGUGGUGUGUCCCCUUAACACCGUCCUCAACUGGCUAAAUGAGUUCGAGAAGUGGCAGGAAGGCUUAAAGGAUGAGGAGUGCUUAGAGGUGACCGAGCUGGCCACGGUGAAGAGGCCUCAAGAGCGAGCAUAUGCUCUGCAGCGCUGGCAAGAAGACGGUGGCAUCAUGAUCAUCGGUUACGAAAUGUACCGCAACCUAACGCAAGGGCGCAACAUCAAGAGCAAAAAGCUUAAAGAGACAUUCCAAAAGACACUCGUUAACCCAGGUCCAGACUUUGUGAUAUGUGACGAGGGCCACGUGUUAAAGAACGAAGCCUCGGCCGUAUCCAAAGCCAUGAACUCCAUUAAGACCCGGCGACGAGUGGUGCUGACUGGAACGCCACUUCAGAACAACCUAAUCGAGUACCAUUGCAUGGUAAACUUCAUCAAAGAAAACUUGCUGGGCUCUGUGAAAGAGUUCAGGAACCGUUUCAUCAACCCCAUCCAAAAUGGCCAGUGCGCCGACUCUACGAUGGUCGACGUGCGCAUCAUGAAGAAGCGAGCACACAUUCUCUACGAGAUGCUGGCAGGAUGCGUCCAAAGAAGAGACUACACAGCACUUACUAAGUUCCUGCCACCUAAGCACGAGUAUGUGCUGGCUGUGCGGAUGACGCCCGUGCAGUGCAAGCUGUACAGAUACUAUCUGGAGCACUUUACAGGUGUUGGUUCUGCUUUGGAGGGGGGGAAAGGCCGGGCAGGCACGAAGCUUUUCCAGGAUUUCCAGAUGCUCAGCAGAAUCUGGACACAUCCUUGGUGUCUCCAGCUGGACUAUAUCAGUAAGGAAAACAAGGGUUACUUUGAUGAGGACAGCAUGGAUGAAUUUAUCGCCUCUGAAACCGAGGAGUCAUCGAUGAGCCUGACCUCUGAAGAUGAAAAACCAAAAAGGAAGAAGAAACGGGGGAGGGGCAAAGGUGAGAGCUCGGACAAGUCCGACAGUGACGACGUGGAGGUGAUUAAGGAGUGGAACACAAGCUCCCGUGGAGGAAACCCAGAGGGGAGGAAUAGAGCAGAGCCUGUAGAAGAAGUAGUUCGCGCCAGCAGUUCUGGCCCGGGCAGCCCGUCUCCUGACUGGUACAAGGAGUUUGUGACCGAAGCAGACGCCGAGAUUCUGGAACACUCCGGAAAAAUAGUGCUCUUGUUUGAAAUCCUGCGAAUGGCAGAAGCCCUGGAAGAAAAAGUUUUGGUGUUCAGUCAGUCUCUCAUUUCACUGGACCUCAUUGAGGAUUUCCUGGAGUUGGCCGGCAGAGCGAAAGAGGAAGAAAAACCCUCUCCUUACAAAGGUGAGGGCAAAUGGUUCAGAAACAUUGACUACUACCGUCUGGAUGGUUCUACUAAUGCCUUGACUAGGAAGAAAUGGGCUGAAGAAUUCAAUGACACCAGCAACGUUCGGGGUCGUCUUUUUCUCAUCUCCACAAGAGCUGGCUCUCUGGGAAUCAACCUAGUGGCAGCAAACAGGGUCAUUAUCUUUGAUGCCUCAUGGAACCCGUCUUAUGACAUUCAGAGCAUUUUCAGAGUCUACCGCUUUGGCCAAGUGAAAACAGUGUAUGUCUACAGGUUUUUGGCUCAGGGAACCAUGGAGGAGAAGAUUUACGACAGGCAGGUGACCAAACAGUCCCUGUCAUUCCGUGUGGUGGACCAACAACAGAUUGAGCGCCACUUCACUAUGAACGAACUGACUGAACUUUACACUUUUGAGCCAGACCAGCUGGACGAUCCAUCGGAAAAGAAAAGCAAGCGGUCCACACCCAUGUUACCCAAGGACCCUUUCCUGGCCGAGCUUCUUCAGAACUUCAAAGAUCAGAUUGUGGGUUACCACGAGCACGAUUCCCUGCUAGACCACAAAGAGGAGGAGGCUCUGAGUGAGGAGGAAAGGAAGGCCGCCUGGGCCGAGUAUGAGGCAGAAAAAAAGGGUCUGUCCAUGCGCUUCAACCAGCCGACGUAUCCUCAAGUAGGCAUCGGAUCGUCGAGCUACUUCCCCUUCAACGUGGCAGCUCUGGCCUCCAUGUCCAACCAGCAGCUUGAGGACCUGAUCAACCAGGGUCGACAGAAGGUGUUGGAAGCCACCAAUGCUCUGAAGGCUUUGCCCCGGGAGCCGUUUGAGGACAUUGUCGGGCAGGUGUGGAAGGAGAAUCCGAAUCUGUCAGAAACCCAGGUGCAGAGCAUGGCUCUGGCCAGACAGGCAGCCAUCGACAUGGAGCUGAAGCACAGAGAGUCCGUGUACCGAGACAUUCUCAACAAGCAACAGACGCUGAUGAUGUAUGUGCAGAAGGUGAUCGCCAAUCGCAAGGUCCAGGAGCAGCAGCUGGCGCUUGCCAGACAGGGGCUUCUGAUGAACCAGUUAGCCAUUCAGAACGGCAUUGCUGGGGGAAUGAAUCAGAUGGACCUGCUCGGUCUGUACCAACAGCUGGGUGCCCUCCAGGGUCUGCCAACCUCUCAGAUAGGCAAGAACCCUGGGCCGUCAAAGGGCUUGUAGAUGCCCUCAGCAAAAAAAAACCAUGUUUGUGUUUGGCCAGCCUCUGUGUGGUGGGCAUCUUAAUAAAUAACCACCUUGGACUCUCUUGCCCCUUUUGAGCUUUCAUGAUAAAAUCUAGGAUGGAUAUCUAAAAGACUUUGGGCAGUAUGGUUUGUAAUUCUCUGUAUAUACAGCCUUAGUGUUUAAGUUUUAUUCCUUUUUUUUCUUUCUUCAAAAUAUUUAAAAUAUUCUCCCAAAAUGCUUUUAAGCAUUGCAUUGUUCUUUUCCCCUUAAAUAAGGGCUGUGCAUUACUUGAUUUUUUUUUUUUUAUAUAUAUACAGGUCAAGGAAAAAACAAACAAAGAACUUUACAACCUCUGUGGACCAUAGUGUUGCUCAUUACGUAUGUUCUAAGUGAUCUAGAAGAAUCGUAUUAGGUACUGCAUAAUAUCUGUUUACUAGUGGAUGAUGAGUGGUGCUGUGAAAGCCCAGUGCUCAGUACGCACUGUUCUAAACACCUUAAAAAAAAAAGAAGGAAAAAAAAAGAUGCAGUGAUGGCCUUACAUCAACAGUUUGUUGUUUUCAAACACACUGAACAGACUCUUCUUUUCUAUCCUGCUUUUAGGCUUUUACACUUGUCGUUGCUUAACUUGUAAUGGAAUGCCCGUGUUGUUAAAACUGCUUGCCAGAUUCCCUGGACUUUUGUAUCUUCUAAUCCCUUGUUGUAAAGUGAUGCCUAGCAUUAGUGUCGUACUGUUCAUUUGUUCUGUUCCGCUCGUCUUGGCGGGUUCUCGUCUCUCUCUCUGAGAUGACUGGUCGUGCUCCUGUAUUUUCGAGGCAAAUUUUAAGUGGUUAGGCUGCAUUUAUCUUCUAAUGCUAACUAACCAUAUUGGCUGGCCCUAAGGCUACCGUACUCAACUUUCAGCACAGAUAAUACUGGCAUAGAUGUUUCUAAUUGGAUUCUAGUUUGCACAGGAUGCAUUUUAGAAACGUAGAUCAACUUUUCAUUUUCCUCACAAUGUUCUCAUGUUAGCAACUAUUAUCCACUUGUUUUGCCAUUUAUCUGAUCUACUAUUUACUAGAAUAAGUAUUUAAUAUUACAUUUAAAUAAAGUGACCAAAAGGGUGAUUUGCAUUUAGUACUGUCAUUGGUGUCAUUAGAUGUUUGUUUAUACAUCUGUUCAUCUGUAGAUUACAAACCUUGCCUUGUUGGUGGCUUCAAUCCCAUGAUCCUUCAGCUCAGGUGACAAACUUUUAAAUCACCAGAAGGCAUUCAACUUGGUCACAUGAAUCCUGUUGGAUUAUUUUUGGUGCCAUAUUAUUAUUAACAGAUAUAUUUAUCAUUAUGAUGUAAGUGUGAUCAUCCAUGCGAUGUGAAACCCCCCCGAAAAGUAUCACAGCCUUUAAGUGUCUUUCACAUGUUUGUCCUUGACUGACUCACGACUUAAGUUAUGUUAUAAACUGAAGGUAUAUAAAAUUUGCACAUCAAAAAAAACAAAGAAAACCCCUAAUAAAAUAGCACUGCCAACCCAGCAUGGCAAACACUCCUUGCAACAGUAAUAAAGCACCAAACUGUAUGGGGGAAGUCAAAAGUUUGGACACGCCUUCAAAUUCCAUGGUGUUUCCUGAUUUUUUUUUUCUUCCCCUCUUUCUACAUUGUACAACAAUGCUGAAGGCAUCCAAAUAGGCAAUAAUCUCCUUUGAACAGUUAUUGAGUUGUGUCUGCUACUUAUGCUCUGUAAAGCCUUCAUAAUGGCUCUAAUCUGAGGUGCUGUUUGUUAAUUGGUGAUUUUUGAGGCUGAUGACUCUAAAUAAACUUCUCUGCAGCAGAGGUAAGUUUAGGUCUUGCUUUCCUGGUAUGGUCUUCAUGAGAGACAGUUUCAUCAUGGGGCUUUAUGGGUUUUGCAAAUGCAUUUGACACAAUACUGUUCUUGCUAUUCCAAAGAACUAUUCCAAAACAUUUGACCCUCACAUUAUAAAGUAACUUGCUGCUGUAUUUGUUACUAAAUUAUCUAAUGCCGUAUGUUAUUUCAUAGUUUUGAAAUCUUCAGUAUUGUUCUAGAAUGUAAAUAAAUCCAAACUUGUGUCCAA